UUAUGUACUUUUUUGUUUAGUUUUGUUCCAUUGAAUAGACCAAAACAGAAGGGAAAAAAUUUCAUUUUUCCACAAUAAAAACUUUUCGCACGAGAGAAAAAAGUAUGAAAACUAGCACGCGUCACGCGUAAAUAAAUCAAAUUCAUUUGAAAUAAAUUUGUGAAGCAUAUCGCCUUUGUUAAAACCAAAAUGUUUAAAACGUUAAUAUCGUCGGUGCUGCAAAAUGUGGCUACGCGAAACUAUUGUACAAAACCCGCGACCAUUUUCCCGGUUAUGAAUAAAUUUUUGGAUAGAACAAAUCAAGUGGUGCGUCAAGUAUGGAUUGAAAAUAUGGACACAACAAAUGUACAGCGAAAAGGUAUUAUGGAAUUGCAUCCCGAUAUAUUUGCGGCUGAGCCUCGUAUUGAUAUCAUACAUCGUAAUGUAAUCUGGCAGCAAAAGUAUAAGCGUGUCAGUUUCGCUUGGGCUAAAUCACGAGCAGAGAAAAAAGGUGGCGGCCGAAAACCAUGGCCACAAAAAGGACAAGGUAGAGCACGUCACGGUUCGAUUCGGUCGCCAAUAUUUCGAAAUGGUGGUGUUGCACACGGUCCACGAAGUCCAACUUCAUACUAUUAUAUGUUACCAUUUCCCGUAAGAAUUGCUGGCCUAACAUCAACUUUGUCGGCGAAAUUGGCUCAAGACGAUUUACAUAUCGUUGACGACAUGGAAAUACCAACAGAAGAUCCGGAAUACAUUAAAAAUUUAUUGGCCGAACGUAAAUGGGGACCAUCAGCAUUGUUUAUCAAUUUGGAAGAUACGGUACCACGAAAUAUUGCCGUUGCCACCGAUUCAAUUGGUUACAUCAACAUUAUGCCUGCCUAUGGUCUCAAUGUUUAUUCCAUGCUGAAACACGAUACAUUAAUUCUAACAACAAAGGCCGUUGAACAUAUUCAGGAGCGACUUUUAUACAAUCUGAAUCGUCAAGAUACCAUUAAUUUUACAAAAUAAAUGGCGACAGUAUAGUCAGUGUAUUCAUAGUUCAUUUUAUCGUUGUUGUAAAUUCAAUAAAAGAAUGAAAAAAUACAAGCGAAUAAAUUUUACUUUUAAAUAAUAAA